ACGAGGAGAGAGAAAUGUCAAAGUGCUGUCAAAUAAAAACCAAAGAGAGCCCCAAAUAAUGCAAAAAGAGAAGGAAGAUUGAUGAAAAAGGGGGAAUUUUCGCAAUUUGAUCCACUUUCAAGUGACCAAGUGUAUGUGUAGCGCCCCCAGGAAGUCCCUUGGUGUGAUUAUGAAAAUGACUUAUGUGCUAAAUGGUGAUAUUGUGCAUCUAAAUGUGGGUGGAACAAAAUUUGCCACGUCGCGUCAGACACUCACCUGGAUUCCGGAUACAUUUUUUACAGCACUCCUGAGUGGGAGGAUUGCCAGUUUGAAGGAUGAAUCGGGAGCAAUUUUCAUUGAUAGAGAUCCGAGUCUUUUUGGCUUCAUCCUCAAUUAUCUCCGGACGCGUGAGGUUGAUAUACGGAAUCAUGACAUCCGGAUGCUUAGGCAUGAAGCUGAAUACUACAAUAUAUCCCCAUUGGUGAAGAGAUUGAUUCUUUGUGAAGAUUUGGGGCAUUCUUCCUGUGGAGAUUUACUUUUCUACGGAUACCUUCCAGCUCCGAGUAUUCCCAUCCAGGAAUUUGGUAUCCCCACAGUUGCGGCCACAAAGAAUUGUGCAUCAGCAGCAGCAUCCUCAGCCACCACGUCGUCUUCGUCCACAUCAGCGAGACCCGGAAGUAUGGUGAGAGUGCCGGAAUAUCAGGGGAAUGGGAAUGGAAAUGGGGUCAAUGGCAAUGGUGGAAGUCGUCUUGCGACACACUCAAGGAAUUCCUCAUUGGAUCUACGAAUGCGCAAUGGCAGCUCCUGGGCAGCUAGUCACUCCCGGACAGCUUCCCUUGAUCUCCGGCAUUCCCGGAAUUCAUCGGCAGACCUCACAAAAAGCAUUCGAAGUGACGUCGGGCUGGUGUUCAGUGCUAAUCAAGUGUCCGGAUGGACGGAUCCGAUGCGUGUGCAAAUUAUUAAAGCGCAUCUCAACUGGAUUUCCGUGGCUUAUGCUCAUUUUGUCACCUGCUACAGGCUGAAGGAUUCUUCGGGGUGGCAGCUGGUCUUCACAUCACCCUACAUUGAGUCAACAAUUGAACGUAUUGCCAUUAAUGCCAAAGUAAACAUCACAACUUCCGGGGAGCAGACACAGAGUAAGAUGGUGGCCAUAAGCUGUGGCUCCCAAAUUCGUCUCUGGGGUAUUUCGGAGGAUGGCGCCAAGACGGAGGUGGGAACGUUCAAUCUCAAAGUUCGCGUUGAGUAUUUAUUCUUCAUUGGGAGCCAAUUGGUGGCUCUCUCAUCCUCCGGGAAGAUUGGUGUGUGGCACGCAAUGACACAACAUUGGCAAAUUCAGGAUCUCGUCCCGAUACUCUCCUUUGACACGGCCGGGUCUUUCCUCCUCCUUGGCUGCAAUAAUGGAUCCAUCUACUACAUUGAUAUGCAGAAAUUCCCUCUGCGGAUGAAGGAUAAUGAUCUCCUGGUGACGGAACUCUACAAAGAUCCCUCAAAUGAUCACAUAACAGCAAUCUCCGUAUAUCUCACACCAAAGACAACAAGUUUAUGUGGUAAUUGGAUUGAGAUUGCUUAUGGCACAAAGUCUGGAUCAGUGCGUGUGAUUGUUCAGCAUCCAGAGACCGUUGGGCAUGGCCCGCAGCUCUUUCAAACAUUCACUGUGCACCAGAGUGCUGUAACAAAGGUUACGCUCUCGGAGAAAUAUCUAAUUUCCGUGUGCAGUGAAUACAACCACGUGCGUACGUGGCGUGUCACGCGCUUCCGUGGGAUGAUCUCCACUCAGCCGGGCUCUACGCCUGAGGCAUCUUUCAAGAUUGUUUCCCUCGAAGCAGCCGACAGUAGCUAUAGCUACACGGCGGGGAAUGAUUUUGGGCCAUUCGGUGAGCAGGAUGAUGAGCAGGUGUUUGUGCAGAAAGUCGUCCCGGAUACGGAUCAGCUGUACGUGCGUCUGGCAUCAAAUGGCGAUAGGGUUUGUGUGAUAAAAUCCGUGGAUUCGACGACAAUCACCUCGUUCUGUGUGCACGAAUGCGAAGGAUCAUCACGGAUGGGUUCCCGGCCGAGACGUUUUAUCCUUUCGGGGCACUGCAAUGGGGCCAUCCAGAUGUGGGAUCUCACAACGGGAUUGGAUCUGGCGUCACGCGGAGAGAAGACGCAACAAAUGAGUGGUGGACCAAAUGCUGAGGAAGUUCUUCGGCUCCUGGAUCAGUGUGAGCUCAGCAAUAGCUACGCCUCAACACCGUGUAUGUCUCCAUGCCCAGCAAAUGUUCCCACAGCAACGCCCCGACUCAAAUCUGCCAAUCUUGCAUUCCUCAAUCAAUCAUCCGGAGCUUCGGAUUCCGGCGCCUCGUCUCAGUGAUGAAAAUGUCAAAUUUUAAAUUCAAUUUUUUUAUUAUCGAAUGUUUAAGACACAUUUUCUUUGUUCGAGCGUUAAGUAUCAGUUUAUCAUUCAUUUUUUCUUUUCUUUUUUUUUAAACUUUAAUCUCUAAAGAAUUUUUAAAAACUUUUUGUAAUGGCUGCGUGAUGGUUUAAUUUUAAGACGAAAAAAAAAAUGUUGGGGUUACAACUGGUGGCAGCGUUGGGAUACAUCAAAAUACAUACAGAAGAUUUCGUUAGCUGAAUCAGCAAAUGUUGUAACUGGCUAAAGAAAUUCAAUCUUUUUACAAUAUUUUGCUUUUUCAAGCCAGCAAUUUAGAGAGUAAGUUUAUGGAUUCUUUAAGACAGGGGACUAGACAUUAAGACUUUUUUUUAUCUCCCUGAGAAUUUUCUUCUGUGCUUCCCACAACGCAAUGGCAGAAAUUCAAUGAAGCGAUUUCUUUAGAGACCAUCACGCUAAAAUUUCUUUCCUACGUCUAACUAUAUUGUAUACUAUUAUUUACAAAAAAAAAGAUGUAUUAUUUUUUAACAUUAAAAUGUGGCAAAGCGCUUCAUAAAAUCACGGG